AGUUGUGAGAAGAGCAGGAGGAAGCGGGGACCGAGGCGCGGGGGCUGCGCCGGAGGCCAAGGACUGAGAGGUCUCAGGUCACCCCGGGGAGCUGGAAAGGAGCCGCGCGUCUGCGUCAGAGGAGGGACCCUCUUCGGAGUUCGUCCCUCCCUGAGCCUGGAACUCCAUCUGCGGGUCCCCAGCCCUUCUGCGUGGUGACUCUGGUGGCCGCGUCGGCGCCCUGGCCGUGAGGAUCCGGAUGGCCGUGAGGUGGACCUGGGCAGGCAAAAGCUGCCUGUUGCUGGCGCUUUUAACAGUGGCCUAUAUCCUGGUGGAACUCUCGGUCUCCACUUUCCAUGCCUCUCCAGCAGCCGACCUUGCCCGGGAGCAGGGGCCCAAACAGCUUUCAGACCCCUGGGAAAAGGCAGAGGAUUUGUCUCGACCGCUCUACAAGAAGCCGCCUGCAGACUCCCAUGCGCUUGGGGAGUGGGGCAAAGCCAGCAAGCUCCAGCUCAGCGAGGGUGAACUGAAGCAGCAAGAAGAACUUAUUGAGAGAUAUGCCAUUAAUAUUUAUCUCAGUGACAGGAUUUCCCUUCAUCGCCACAUAGAGGACAAGAGAAUGUAUGAGUGUAAAUCCAAGAAGUUUAAUUAUAGGAGACUUCCCACCACCUCUGUUAUCAUUGCUUUCUAUAAUGAAGCCUGGUCGACUUUGCUCCGCACCGUCCACAGUGUUUUGGAAACUUCUCCUGCAGUCCUUUUGAAGGAGAUCAUCUUAGUGGAUGACUUGAGUGACAGAGUUUAUUUGAAGACCCAGCUUGAAACUUACAUCAGCAAUCUUGAUAGAGUCCGCCUGAUUAGAACAAAUAAGCGGGAGGGGCUGGUUAGAGCCCGCCUGAUUGGGGCCACUUUUGCCACUGGGGAUGUCCUCACUUUCCUGGAUUGUCACUGUGAGUGUAAUUCUGGUUGGUUAGAACCACUUCUGGAAAGAAUUAGUUACGAUGAGACGGCAAUUGUUUGCCCUGUUAUAGAUACCAUUGAUUGGAAUACUUUUGAAUUCUAUAUGCAGACCGGGGAGCCCAUGAUUGGUGGAUUUGACUGGCGCUUAACCUUCCAGUGGCAUUCUGUCCCCAAGCAAGAAAGGGAUAGACGGAAAUCGAGAAUUGACCCAAUCAGGUCGCCCACCAUGGCUGGAGGACUGUUUGCCGUCAGCAAGAAAUAUUUUCAGUACCUUGGAACAUACGACACUGGAAUGGAAGUGUGGGGAGGUGAAAACCUUGAGCUGUCUUUUAGGGUCUGGCAGUGUGGAGGUAAAUUGGAGAUCCACCCGUGUUCCCACGUGGGGCAUGUAUUCCCCAAGCGGGCGCCCUAUGCUCGGCCCAAUUUCCUACAGAAUACUGCUCGGGCAGCAGAAGUGUGGAUGGACGAGUACAAAGAGCAUUUCUACAAUCGAAACCCUCCAGCAAGGAAGGAAGCUUAUGGUGAUAUUUCUGAAAGAAAAUUACUCCGUGAACGGCUGAAGUGCCAGAGUUUUGACUGGUAUUUGAAAAACGUAUUUUCUAAUUUACACGUCCCAGAGGAUAGGCCAGGUUGGCAUGGAGCUGUCCGCAGUAUGGGCAUCUCUUCUGAAUGUUUAGAUUAUAAUUCUCCUGACAACAACCCCACAGGCGCUAACCUUUCCCUGUUUGGAUGCCAUGGUCAAGGAGGCAAUCAAUUCUUUGAAUAUACUUCAAACAAAGAAAUAAGGUUUAACUCUGUGACAGAGUUAUGUGCAGAGGUUCCUGAGCAAAAAAAAUAUGUAGGAAUGCAAAAUUGUCCAAAAGAUGGGUUCCCUAUCCCCGCAAACAUUAUUUGGCAUUUUAAGGAAGAUGGAACCAUUUUUCAUCCACACUCGGGGCUAUGUCUUAGCGCUUUUCGGACACCUGAGGGUCGACCUAAUGUUCAGAUGAGAACUUGUGAUGCUCUAGAUAAGAAUCAAAUCUGGAAGUUUGAGAAAUAGAAGAGCACAAUGGCACUCUCUUCCUGAGCUUAGAGCUUCGGGAAAGUCAACGAGCUGGUGAAGAACCUCAGUAAAGACCGUAUUUUAUCAGAAAUCACCCACUGGUCUUCUGCGAGAGCUCUGUGAAAGCUGUGUUUCCUUUGGUAUAGAACACUGAAAGUGGGUGCAUAGAGAGCUGCUGUUUAAUCUCUCAAAGUGCCUUACUUGGGUUGUCUUGUUUAAGGGCUUUGUCAGUUUCUUCUCCUUAAAGAAGUUGACUGUGAAUUGAGAUACACAAAACAUUUAAGUGACAGACUUAAUAGUACAGAAUGUAAAAGUCCAAGCAGAAUGAGUGAUGAGUUAUGUUGAUGGGUAAGUUCAAUGCCCAUCCUUUUAAAAACAAAACUCAUAAAUAUGUUGUUGGAGCUAUUGCUAUUUUGAUUAUAUAUGGGUUUUGAAUUUCUUUUAGCCAGUACAUUAAAUUUUAGGUGUUUUUUUCUUUAAUUUUAAUUUUCCUUUAAUCAACUAGAAAUCAAAGAAAGUUGAUCUUAAGGAAAAAGGCCUGGCAUAGAUGUAUGUUUCAUUGGAAGAGGGCAUUAGUUUGAAUGUGAGUUUGCUGGUCUUUUUACCAUGGAGACAUCUCAGAAAAGUAUACCCACAUCUGAAUGAAAUGGGGAGAUACUUACAUUCCACGCUUGGUGAACUGGAGCUAUUAGACUUCACUGAUUUGUAUUGAUACCUCAUAUUGUUCUGAUUUUGUAAGCUGUCCUCUCUGUGAACUCUUUUUCGUGUGUGGGACAUUUUCUGUUUGCACUUCCUUAAGUUAUGAAUGUACUGGAGAAGGACUCAUUCACAAUACUGUGCUUCCCUUUGUUAAUGCUUAAUCAUUUAAAGUAAACACAGUUGUUGGCUCUCUGAAGUUAAACCCAACUGCAUUUACUGAAAUGUGUGAAACUGAAAGUGGGUCUCAUGCUAGAAAGGCUGUGGGAUUCUUCUAGGAGUUCUUCCUAAUUAGGACGUUUAAGGAUUUAUCUUAACACAAAGAAAAAGACUGGGCACUGGUGUCUGCUGCCUGGCAGCCUGUUUUCAGCACCUAGCACCAAGCCUGGCACUUAGGCAGCUUCCAGUAGUGGGUGGGUGGAUGGAUGGAUGGAUGAAUGAAUGAAUGAGUGAAUGAGUGAAUGAAUGGCUCAGCCAUGGAAUGUGAUUUUCGUCCUGUCCUUUGACCAACUGUUUGGGCCUUAGUUUUCUCAUCUGUAAAUGUGGGUGCUGGAUUUGAUCUCAAAGAUCCCUUCCAGCUCUGAAAUGUUGUGAUGACACAUUACAGUCACUCUUGCAGUCUUUAUAACACUUUAUAUCUCUUCACUUUUAACACAGGUAAUGUGAGUGAACAACAUUCAGUCCAGUUAUGAAGCUGGAAACGAGGGAUGGUUUUAAAAUUAAGUGAGGUGAGGGUCGCCUGGGUGGCUCAGUCAGUUAAGUGCCUGACUCUUGAUUUCAGCUCAGAUUGUGAUCUCGGGGGU